AUGUUACCGUUCCUGGGCGCGGAGAAGAGAGAUGAGCUGCCGCCCUACAGCCCUCCGGCGGUGACAACGGCGGAAACUCUCCGUGUCCCUUCGUCAGUGCGGGCGUUUCUCCAACUAUUACCCCGCAGGUCACGAACACUGCGCGUUGUUGGGCUAGCAUGCCUCGCGUUCAUCGUCUACGCGCAAUGGAGACAUAUUCAUCCCGUAGACGGCGCCUACGGACCGGAAGUCACGAUUCAUGGGCUCUCGACGCGUCAGCUGCAAGAAGACCUGGCGACUUGCGGGAAACUGCACAGUCGACCAAUUGAUCCACCGGGCUACGGCAGAACGAGGAACGCCCGCUACGUGGACGGCAAGAAGCCCACACUCAUUAGAAACGCAACGGUAUGGGUUGGGGAGCCGGCUGAAGGGUCAACCGAGUUGUCGUGGACCUCGGCCGACGUGUUCGUCGAAUAUGGUCUAAUUAAACAAGUCGCCAAGGACAUCACGGUAGCCGCCCUCCCCGAGGAUGUUCUCGUCUACGAUGCGGCAGGGCGGCCGCUCACUAGCGGUAUCAUCGAUAUGCAUAGCCAUGCCGCGGUGCACUCGCUGCCCACAUUACACGGAAACGAAGACGUCAGCGAGCUGUCGAAGGACAUCACUCCCUAUGUUCGAUCCAUUGAUGGCAUUCAGCCGACCGAUUACCAACUUCAGGUGAUCAAGUCGGGCGGAGUCACCACGUCGUUGAUACUACCUGGGUCCAGUAACAAUAUCGGCGGCGAAGCCUUUGUGAUCAAGCACGCCGUUGGCCCUGCCGACGGACGCAAUGAGACCAGCGUCGUUGACAUGCUGGCUGAUCCGGACCGCACCUGGAGGCAUAUGAAGAUGGCUUGCGGCGAAAAUUCCAAGCAGGUCCAUGGGAAGGCGGGCGAGCGUGGCCCCUAUAGCCGCCUUGGCGAGAGCUGGGAGUUUCGUCAGGCUUUUGAGCAUGCUACCAAGUUGAUUCGCGAGCAAGACGACUGGUGCAGUGCCGCUGCCAAAGAUUUUAAUCACGUUCAGGCCUAUCUUCCGAACGAUCUGGAAUGGGAGGCUUUAAUCGCUGUGCUCAGGGGCCAGGUUCAUGUUCAUGCUCAUUGCUACACUAUUACGGACCUUGAAGCGUUCAUAGACCACACAAACGAGUUCAGGUUUCCCAUUCGUGCAUUUCAUCAUGCUCACCAGACGCAUCUCGUACCCGAGAUCCUCAAACGGGCGUGGGGCAAUAACCCACCGGCGUCUGCCCUCUUCGCCGACAACAUGUGGUACAAAGCCGAAGCUGCCCUCGGCUCAGAAUACGCAGGCAAACAUUUAUACGACGCUGGCCUCGUUCCCAUUUACGUUAGCGAUAACCCGGUGCUCAAUGCGCAGCAUGUGGUGUUUGAGGCGGCAAAAGCGUACAAGUAUGGUCUUCCAUACGAUGCGGCACUCGCAUCUGUUACGACUGCCCCGGCCGAGAGAUUAGGCCUGGAGCAUCGGCUGGGUAAAAUCAAGGCUGGCUUCGAUGCCGAUAUCGUCGUCUGGGAUAGCGACCCAUUAAGCGUCGGGGCUACGCCGGUCCAGGUCUGGAUUGACGGGACUGCCCAAUAUGAUGAGCCGGUCACGCUGAAUAAGGCCUUUGAGGGUACCAUGGUCCCUGAUGAGAGUCUGGGCAGAAUCAUCGAGAAACCUCAGGUCAUCAAAGACGACGUUGUCUUCACCGGAGUCUCAAAAGUGCUGCAUUCCGUUAGACCGGAAGGGUUGGCCACCGAUGGAAAGACAUAUAACAUAGCUAUAUCAAACGGCAAGAUUACCUGUGUUGGAACCUGCGAAUAUGAGCUCAAGGCAGCGUCUGAGAGGGAGGGCAGCUUGGUUCACCUCAAGAACGGUUACCUCACUCCACCAUUCACUGCUUUUGGCUCAACAAUCGGUCUCAACGCUAUCGACUCGGAACGAAACACCGACAACGGUGCAGGCGGAGGGAGAUUCAGCCGCGCCGUUGACGGGCUUGCCCUCAACACCGAGAAGCUGCAAGUUGCCCACCGCUACGGGGUCACGCGGGCCAUCUCAGCUCCCAAGUUUACUGGCCUUGGUACGCAUCACGGCACGAGUACUGGAUUCUUGACUGGGGCUGGGACCAUCCUCGACCGUGGAGCCGUAUUUGCUCGAGACACUGCUGUCCACUACACGCUUGAUCUCUCUGCCAAGAGUGGCGUCGAUGGAGUCUCGUCCAUAUCGGCUGCUGUUGGUGAUCUGCGACGGAAGCUUCUCAAGGCAGUCUCUUCCUUAACUGCGAACGACAGUAUUCCUGUGGAAGAACGAUACUCAGAGGCCGCUUUUCUUCAGAAAGUUGUCAAAGGCCAUAUGGCGCUCGUCGUGACAGUGCAUAGUGCGGAUACCAUUGCCACCCUAUUGGAUGUCAAAAGCACGGUGGAAGAGGUCCUUUCAGAGAUCGCCAAUAGUACGGAGAGGCUUCGUUUGGUCAUAUAUGGCGGCGCUGAAGCACACCUAGUUGCUGACGCGUUGUUUGCGGCCAAGGUAGGAGUUAUCUUGGCGCCAAUGCAGUCCUUUGCGAUCUCUUGGGAUCAGCGGCGAGCCCUCACGGGCGCGCCUUUGACUAACGGCACAAGUAUUGAUGUUCUGCUUCAGGCCGGAGUUGCUGUCGCCAUCGGCCUUGAGGAGGACUGGAUCGUGCGGGACCUUGGAUUGCUCGCGGGCAUUGCGUACAGCAAUGGCGAAGGACGACUGGACGAGAAGAUGGCACUGGACUUGGUUGGAAGGAACGUGUACAGUAUCCUUGGCCUGGAGGACGACCUUGGAGAUGAUCACUUUGAUCACUUUGUGAUACAUGACGGCAGUCCGCUUGAGAUUGGAUCCAGGAUACGAGCGGUUGGUGACGGAAGACCAGAGCUGCUAAUCUCCAGAUGA